UUCGCGUGAAACAGUUGCAAGCCUUUGAACGAUCAGCGACGACGGCGUUACUUUUGGCGCGGAUACAGCAGCGACACUUUUUUUUCGUUGGCAGGCGCCUCCUGUCACUGUCACCGAGCAAACAAAUCAACAACAAACAAAACCAACAACAAACAACAAACAAACAAACAAAUAAACAAACCAUAAACAAAACAUAAACAAGCCAACCACCAAGCAGCCAAGCUAAACAAAACAACUGUGCAUUUUUGGUUCGAGUUUCCUUUCAUUUUCCAAUCGCUUACAUUACUUUUUUUUUGCCUGUGUUCCUUAAGAAAAACGAAAAAAUAUCGAGAAAAAUAUCGACAACAAAAGUAUCGAAAAUAUAUAUCUGCAAUCUGCAAUAUAAGCACAAAUCUGAGUGACAAUAAGAGCAGUCAAACAUUGCAACUACCAAAAGAGCAAACAACAGCAAACAUCAGCCGACGGCCGUGUGAAGAAAAGUGCAACGCCGACGGACUCAAGAAAGAUACAGCUACAAAGAUACAGCCAUUGAGAUACAUAUUUUAUAUACAGUUACAGAUACGGAUACUAUCUGGGCUAUUAGCUGGACCACAAUCCUUAUCGCGUUCUAGCCCGUUUUUGCCUUUUUUUCUGAGUGCGUGUGUGCUUGUGCUGUGCUGUGCUUGCCAAAAAACCAAAUGUCCAUGUCCUUUAUGUCUCUUUCCCUUACUCUCCACAACAGUGAGCCUGUCCUGCAACAAUAGCCACAACAACAACAACAACAACAUAAUCUAUAUAUACAUAUAUAUAAAAGAAAAGAUAAAGAUAAACACAAACAACAACAAAACGAAACAAAAGCGAGAACCUUUGUGAGAACCCAAGUGGCCGCAAAACAAAGCCAGUCGACCAAAAGCAAAAAGACACCAUCAUUGUGCGCCUCAAAUUGACAGCGGCAGCAGCAGCAGGAACGACAACUGCAACUGCAACUGCAGCAGCGGCAGCAGCAGGAACACCAAUAACAACAAUAAACAUGCUAACGGACAUGACACCGACCGCCGGUCAGCUAUACGGUUCCCAAAUACCGGCCAUGGGCAUGAACAUCACCAACAUCGCCACACACUUGCAGAAGCCACAAGUUAAUCCGGACCAUCCCAGUUUGAGGGGAACUCCUCUGGCCAUGCUGGCCGCCCAGUGCAACAAGCUCUCCAACAAAUCCCCGCCACCGCUGGCCGACGCCGCUGUGGGCAAGGGCUUCCAUCCGUGGAAGAAGAGUCCCAAUUCCCCAGCAGCUGGCUCCAGUGGUGGCUCCUCUGGCGGCGGCGGCGGUGGUGGUGGUGGCGGCGGUGGCAGUAGCGCUGGCCAACAUUCGCCCUGCGCCAUCUCAGCGGCGAGUUCGUCGAGCUCGAGUGGAUCGAGCGGAGGACAGUCCUCCAGGAGUCUCUCCUCCAGCGCCAGCACCAUGGUGAACAUCACAGCUAGUCGCCCCCUGGCCUCCUCCUGUGCGGCGGUGGGCGGGGGCUCCUCCGGCUCCUCCUCCUCCGCCUCCGGAUCGCAAUCAUCCUCCUCGGCCUCCGCUGUAGCGGCUGCCUAUGGCGGGGAUCUAUACUUCCCGAACACCUCGACCUCCAACAUGGACAACCAUCAUAUGCAUCAGGGUCUCCUUGGUAAAGUGGAAGCCGGUGCGGCCGCCUUUGGUGGUGUCUAUUCCCGUCAUCCCUACGAUUGGCCCUUCAAUGCGGUUACCCACAAGGAGGCGGCCAGCGUGAAUUCCGGUUGGUGGGACAUGCACAGUGCCGCCGGAUCCUGGCUAGAUAUGGGUGGUGCCGGCAUGCACUCCACGAUGGCCAACUAUGCCAGCGAGAACUACAGCUCCGCUCUGAGUCAUUCGUUGCUGGGAUCGGGACAGCAUCUGCUGCAGGAUACGUACAAGAGCAUGUUGCCAGGUCAAGGAGUUGGCGUUGGUGUGGGCGUGGGCGUUGGUAUGGGUGGUUUCUCCCUACCCCAUAGUUCGCCAUCAGCGGCGGCGGCAGCUGCUGCAACAGCGGCAGCAGCAGCAGGUGGUUCGCCACAAGGUGGUUCCCCAUCGACACCAUCACCCAGAUCCCAGAGACGUUAUGCUGGAAGGGCCACCUGCGAUUGCCCCAACUGUCAGGAGGCGGAACGUUUAGGACCCGCUGGGGUACAUCUGCGGAAGAAGAACAUCCAUUCGUGUCACAUACCUGGAUGUGGCAAGGUCUAUGGAAAGACUUCGCAUCUGAAAGCUCACCUGCGGUGGCACACCGGCGAGCGUCCCUUCGUGUGCAACUGGCUGUUCUGCGGCAAGCGUUUCACACGCUCCGACGAGCUGCAACGGCAUUUGAGGACGCACACCGGCGAAAAGCGCUUUGCAUGCCCCGUGUGCAACAAGCGCUUUAUGCGCAGCGACCAUUUGGCCAAGCACGUGAAGACGCACAAUGGCACGGCCAAUCACCAGGCCAAUGGCCAUGGUGGGCUGAAGAAGGGCUCCUCGGAGUCGUGUAGCGACUCAGAGGAGGCCGCCAACCAGUCGGGCGAGUCCAACGGGCUGGGCGGCGUGGGCAGUGGCCCUCAGACGGGCGGGGCCGGUGGCGGCGGGGGUGGCGCUAGUUCUGGUUCGGGAUCGGUAUCUGGAUCGGUAACCACCGGAGCGGGAGGUGGUUCCUCUGGCAGUUCCAACUCCAAUUCCAAUUCCGGUGGUUCGAGCGGUUCCGUUUCCGGUUCUGGCAGCCAUCCCGGCACCCCGACCUCGCUGCACGCGCACAGCGCCAAUGGCACGUCCAGCAGCCUGCUGGGCGGCGGUCUGCACCUGGCCACGCCGCACCAGAUGGUCGCCGCGGGCGGUUCGCCGGUGAUGCUCCACCAGCAGCAACAGCAGCAGCAGCAGCAGCAACAUCAACAGCAACAGCAACAGCAGCAGCAACAUCAACAGCAGCAGCAACAUCAACAGCAGCAGCAACAUCAGCACCACCAGCAACAGCAGCAGCAUCAUCAUCAGCAAUUUGGCCAGCAACAGCAUCCCCAUGCCCACCACCUGCACCACCAUGCCCACCACUCGCACCACCUGGCCACCGGUGGCUCACCCGGUCUGGAUCCCAGCUCUCUCGUAGAUAUCAAGCCACCCAUGGUUUGAGGUUCGCUGGGACCCUUCCUGUUCACCAACUAAAGCAGCGAAUGGGUUCCACACCUUGACUACACCAUACACUAUAUACUAUAUACUAUAUAUAUGCAUAUAUCAUUACCGAUAUCAUUUCGAUCUAAAGCUAUCUUGCGGUUGUACAUAUAGCCAGCAGAUGUCUGUACAUAUUCAAAGAGCCCGCUCUAUGUGUCUAUCGCGCUAAUCCCAGCACUAAAACUAAAACUAAAACUAAACAGAAAUAUACAAAUAUAUAUAUAUAUAUAUCUGAGGAGUAUAUAUAUAUAUAUAUUGCUUAUAGCCUAUUUGUAGAGUAAGCCAUUUUCUAGAAUAUCUAGUUGUCCCCCAUAGAGAAAAGCAGAGCGAGAAUACUUUUUUUUUUGAUUUUUUUUUACUAGCCCUAUGGAUAUGUAAUUUUUUUCAUAGCUUCUAAGAAUUAUAUAACGACAUUAACCAAGAGACAAGCUUCGAGCACCACAAAAACAAAACCUAAAAAAAAGAAGAAGAACAACAACAGAACUUAACAAUUAUGCAAUUCUAAAAUAUAUUUAAAAUAAAAUAUAAAUAAAUAUAAAUAUGGAUAUUGAGAGGGGGGGGAAGAUCAUAAAUAUAUUUCUAGUCCAAUUAUGAAGUGUGAGCGAACCAAAAUUGUAAAGAAAAACGAAAGAAAACAAAAGAAAAGUAAAGAAAAGAAAAGAGAAGCAAAAAAAAGAAAAGUAAAGUAAAGAAAAGAAAAGAAAGUGAAAGUAAAAACUUAAAGAAAGGCAGAGGGGGAAGGAUCUAGAAUCUAGCCCUUGUAAGUUAGUACAUGUCCCUCAUUUAUUUUUGCUAAACCCAACGGACGAGGAGGUUCGUCCUCCGGCGGUUAUCUUAGAUGCUAGUGCUUUAAUCGAAUCCCAACUACCAUAAGAAGGAAAAGGAAAGGCGGAAAACUGAAAAGGAAAAACUAAGAAGAACCCAAGCUAAACCUAAACUAAAUGUGUUUUUGUUGUUUUAUUUGAACUUAGGCUUAGAGCAAGAUAAACUUAGAUACUUAGCACACACACACACCAACACACACACCAACACACACACACAAACAAACAGCACGAAUGCUAAAUGGGAUUUGGCCAAUCCUACGGCAUCAGCAAUUAUUAUCAUCUUCGAUUACUUUUUUUUGUCUAUGUAAAUUAAUUAUUUAAAAUACGAAUAAACUAUUUAAAUUUCAUUCAAAAAUAAA